ACUUCACACGUGCCAUCACUGGCGUGUAAACAGAAAGCUACAAUCAGCACACUGAUAAAGUCUUUCCAUUUAUAUGUAUAACGUAUAUGUAAUUUAAAUAUCUGGUUUAAUAAAUUAUAAUGAGUUCGCAAAUAACUUGCGUUGGGUGGGUGAAAAGAGGAGUCGCAAAGGAAACACCCGAUAAGGUGGAGCUGAGCAAAGAGGAGCUACAACGUAUAAUAGCUGAAGCUAAAGACGAACUGGCGGCGGGUGAUGAUGGCAGUGAAGAGGAUGAAGGCAUGGGUAGUGGGGACUUGAGUGAGGAGGCAGAGGCUCAACCCCAUGAGGAAGAACAGGUUGGAAAUGGAGCUGAAAAGGAGGACAAGGAUGAAUUGGCAGAGUAUGAACUUGACAAAUAUGAUGAGGAAGAUAUUGUAACAGCCAACCUUGGUGAUAGUCUAGCUGGUCUCACUGUGUAUGGCACCAAUGAGCAGGACCCCUACAUCACCAUCAAAGACACAGAUCAGUACGAGAGGGAGGACUUUCAGAUCAAACCUAGUGACAACCUGAUCUUGGCAGGCAAAGCUGAAAAGGACUGCUGUAACCUGGAAAUCUACCUUUACAAUGCAGAAGAGAAUUCCUUGUAUGUUCAUCAUGACAUCCUUUUACCGGCUUACCCGUUGUGUGUGGAGUGGCUCAACUUUGACCCCAACCCUGAAGAAACAUUAGCAAACUAUGCAGCCAUAGGUAACAUGACUCCAGUGAUUGAUGUGUGGGAUCUGGAUGUGGUGGAUUGCUUAGAGCCAGCAUUCACUCUGGGAGGCAAAAAGGCCAAGAAGAAGAAAAAGAAAGGCAAAAAGGCUGCUGCAGCUGCAGAACCAGUUGAAGGACACACUGAUGCAGUUCUAGAUAUUUCCUGGAACAAACUUGUUCGGAAUGUAAUGGCAAGCGGAUCAGCCGAUGAAUCUGUAAUCUUGUGGGAUCUGACCCAGGGGAAGCCAGCCACAACGUUAAGAAAACACACAGAUAAGGUUCAGACUUUGAAAUUCCACCCUUUUGAGGCUCAGACCCUUAUAUCUGGAUCCUAUGACAGGUCUGCUGUUUUGUAUGAUUGCCGAAGCCCUGACGACAGCCAUCGCACCUGGAGGUUUAGUGGGCAGGUCGAGCGACUUGUAUGGAAUCACUUUUCUCCUUUCAACUUCCUGGCAAGCACAGAAGAUGGCUUUGUGUACUGUCUAGACGCACGCUCUGAUAAGCCAGUGUUCACACUCCGAGCUCAUGACGGUGAAGUCUCAGGUAUGGACCUGAGCAGUCAAGUCAAAGGAUGCCUGGUCACCUCAUCAGCUGACAAGCAUGUGAAGAUCUGGGACAUUCUUGGGGACAAACCCAGUCUUGUUCAUUCCCGGGACAUGAAAAUGGGAGUGCUAUUUUGUGCGGCCUGUAGUCCCGACCAACCCUUCCACUAUGCAUUUGGUGGACAGAAAGAUGGCCUUCGCGUUUGGGACAUAAGUGAUGUUGCAGCAGUGACUGAAGUAUUUGGAAACAGGGAGAGGUUAGUGGCAAACACCUCUGUGGCUUCCAGCAGCAUGGAUGUCUCCUAACUCCUCAAGCUGCUCAUCUGAUCCAGCGAUACACAAAUAAAUCUAUUUGAGAGCAAGAGACUUGUACGUGGGACAACAAACAAAGGACCAUUCGCUGGACUAUAUGGACCGACUUAUUAUACUAAUAACCACACUGCUCUGUGUUGAUGAUGGGACGUGAGAAAGAAAAGAUGACUUAUACAAUUUUUAUCUGGACAGAUCAUGCAGUGGUGUCUUACAUGGACACCAUUCAGUGAAUCUCAAUGUCUAAGAAUGGCCUGCCUAUGGUCUGCCAGUUUACAGUCCCAGUGUUGAAUAUAAUAAUGGAUUAUAUUACCUAAUGUCUAAUAGGUUAACAAAGCCUAGUACCAUUGUGUAUUUGUACAAUUUAUUGACAACCAGAUUAGUGUAUCUAGUGCACAUUUCACUGUCAAACAAUAAUUUGAGAAAUAAAAUCAAUGUAAGAUUUAA